GCCCGCGUCCUACGCUACAUAGACGGAAGUAGUGUAAGCAGAAGGAUUCUUUUAAUACACGACACAUGUAGGCCGCCGUAUCUUAUAGUGUGGAUAUGAUUGUCCUGUUUGAGAAGUACGGAUAAUACCAAAUCCAGACCACACCAGAGGACAACAACUAACAGAAUUGACACUUCUUGAAGUUGCCUCUGCUGGAAAGAAGAUACAACAAACUAUGAAAAGCUACACUGAUUUUAAGAUAGCUCUGGUUGCAGGUGCUUGUGCAGGAACGUCAGUGGAUGUGAUCCUGUUUCCGCUGGACACCAUCAAGACUCGGCUUCAGAGUCAGCAUGGCUUUUGGAAGGCUGGCGGCUUCAAGGGAAUAUAUUCUGGCCUCAUGUCGGCCGCUCUGGGCUCGGCACCAACAGCGGCUUUGUUCUUCUGCACGUACGAGGCAACCAAGCACGCCUUCAGCCAGAUGCUCCCUAGCUCCCUGGCGCCUGUAGGACACAUGGCAGCUGCAUCUCUUGGAGAAGUGACUGCCUGUUUGAUAAGAGUCCCAGUAGAGGUGGUGAAGCAGAGAACUCAGGCCAACCACACUCACUCCUCCCUCCAGACCCUCAGGGUCACGCUGGCUUCAGAGGGUUUUCGAGGACUUUACCGAGGCUAUUUCAGCACUGUUGCAAGAGAAGUGCCUUUCUCCUUCCUACAGUUUCCAAUGUGGGAAUAUUUCAAGACCCAGUGGUUUUCACACACCGGCCGACCAAUAGAGGCGUGGCAGUCCAGUAUAUGUGGAGCUGCUGCAGGAGGUUUAGCUGCUGGAGUGACGACACCACUGGAUGUGGCGAAAACACGUAUAAUGCUAGCCAAGGCUGACAGUGCUGUCGCCAGAGGAGGUAUUGGCCAUGCCCUCAAAGUUAUACAUGCAGAGCGAGGUGUUAAAGGGUUGUUUGCAGGAAUGGCUCCCCGGAUCGCCUGGAUUUCAAUCGGGGGAGCAAUAUUCCUAGGGGUUUAUGAAAAAGUUCGAAUUUUAAUGAAAUACUACUUAAAUGAAAGUUAAAAAUAUAUAUUUAUGCAUCAGGAGUGGAGUUUCAAUCAACAUAUUAAGCUUGGUGUCU